AUGACAGAAUUCCAAGGAUGGCGCCCGAGAUCCAAGAGGUCUCCACAACCUCCGACUUCCGCGUCUGCCAUGUACAUGGCAUGUGCUGCGGCCAGGCUUAUAGUAGACAAUGAAGACGCCUGUUUCUAUUAUUACGAUGCGUAUGAGUAUUCCAAGCCCAGUGGGCCAGUUCGAGUGGACGGAAACGUUACCGUGAUCUUCACCAAGCGCGGGUUGGGUCGCCAAGGUGUGGCAGGGGGAGAGCGGCAACAAGCCAAUCAGAGUGCCGGAUAA